UUCCCCCCCGUGCCGAUUUCCUAAUCCCGCCCCCACCCAACUUGAGCCUUUGACGCACACCAAACAGCCUCUUAUAACUAAACUAAUCCACCCACCCACCCAAAUUAACUUCCCCUCCUCCUCCUCCUCCUCCACACCUUGCCGAGCUUUGUAUAUAAACGCUCGCAACUCACCCACAUCAAGGGCAGGCUCACGAUUCCAGCUCAGGCGGCCAAACAAACAAAAAAAAGACCACCAAGAACAUCGCAAAAAAGACAGAAAGGAAGAAACAGAGGCAGAAGCCCAUGGCGGCGAGCGGGCGCUGGAGGAGGCUGCGGACGCUGGGCCGCGGCGCGUCGGGCGCCGUGGUGUCGCUGGCGUCGGACGCGGCGUCGGGGGAGCUGUUCGCGGUCAAGUCAGCCGGCGCGAGCGGCGCGGCGACGCUGCGGCGGGAGCAUGCGGUGCUGCGCGGCCUGCGGUCGCCGCACGUGGUGCGCUGCGUGGGCGGCGGCGAGGGCGCGGACGGGUCGUACCAGGUGUUCCUCGAGUACGCCCCCGGCGGGUCGGUCGCCGACGCGGUGGCCAGGGGCGGGGGCGCGCUGGAGGAGCGCGCCAUCCGCGCGCUCGCCGCGGACGUGCUGCGCGGGCUGGCCUACCUCCACGGCCGCUCCGUGGUGCACGGCGACGUGAAGGCGCGCAACGUGCUGCUGGGCGCCGACGGGCGCGCCAGGCUGGCGGACUUCGGGUGCGCGCGGACGCCCGGCUUCUCCGCGCGGCGCCCGCUCGGCGGCACGCCGGCGUUCAUGGCGCCCGAGGUUGCCCGCGGGGAGGCCCAGGGCCCCGCCGCCGACGUGUGGGCGCUCGGCUGCACGGUCGUCGAGAUGGCCACCGGCCGCGCCCCGUGGGGCGGCGCCGACGCCGACGUCCUCGCCGCCGUGCACCGGAUCGGGUACACGGACGCCGUGCCCGACGCGCCGUCCUGGAUGUCGGCCGAGGCCCGGGACUUCCUGGCCCGCUGCUUCGCCAGGGACGCCGCCGAGCGGUGGACCGCCGCGCAGCUCCUUGAGCACCCGUUCGUGGCGGCUCCCUGCCACGGCCACGGCGACCACGAGGCCCCGCGGGUGUCGCCCAAGAGCACGCUGGACGCCGCAUUCUGGGAGGCCGAAGACGACGACGACGACGCGGACGAGGCAGUGUCGGCGAGUGCGUCGGAGAGGAUCAAGUCGCUGGCGUGCUCCGCCUGCGCCUUGCCCGACUGGGACGGGGAGGACGGGUGGAUCGAAGUGCUGGGUGAUCAGCAGCGGGUCGAGGUCUGCGGCGCGGUGCAGGUGGCGCGCAGCGCGCCAGGCAAAGUGUCCAGCGUCCUGGCGGUGCCAGCUGGGGAGAUGGAUGUCGGCGGCGGCGGCGGCGGCGGCGGUGAUGAACUGGAAGCAGAGGACGUGUCGUUCGGUGGCGAGGUUCCAGGAUCAGCGGAUGCUUCGGCUGAGCGUCAGAAGAAACGCUAUUUGAUUUUGCGUUCGCACUACUGUCAUGUACUCUCGUGUCAGUUAGUGCCCUGUAAUCUACCACUAGUAGUUGUUAAUAAUGCAAUAAAGUUAUGGGUUCCCACAAAUGUCUUGUUGUGCCGCUCUGUUCGAUUCCCCUUGUCAUGAUACUCCUCUCUGCUC